AUGGACGACUGUGGGAACUCUAGUCAAUUUGAAGUGCAAAUUACUGGCUACUUUGCCUUCACUUCAGUGUCUGUUUCCAUCUCCAAUGGGGGAAGGUUUGAGGAGAAGAUUAUGGUAAAUCAGGGAGAGAUGGUGCGGGUCAGCCUACCAGAGUCAGUGGGAAUUAAGGGCACUACCAAUUUCUCCAAUGUGGUCCUAGUCAAGGCUGACAAAGAUAUCUCAGUAGUGUCCGUCAGCAACAAACAUGUGAGCCCUGAGACCACUGUGCUGUAUCCUGUCUCCAGCUUGGGAAAUGAACACUACAUAGUGACUCCCUCUACAGAAUCCUUAGAUAGUUACCCAGAGUUCUCUGUUAUGACAUACGAAGACGGCAACCUUAUGACGGUCCAUGUGGAAGUCUACAUCUCUGCUAAUGUGGGCAUCCAGGUGGUGUUCUACAGCGUGGGUGCAGCUCUCCCUAAUUCCUCCCACGCCUUCCUGAUGAAUGUUCCAGAUGUUGCCAGUUACUGCCGGAUGUAUUCUAUAAAUGCCCAGGAGGGCUUCGAGAACUUUGCCUUGAUGGUGGCCAAUACAUCAGAGACUGGCGCCAUCAUCCUAGACAAUCAGCCUGUAAGGGAUGUGGUGUGGAACCGAGUCGCUGGCACUGAGUUCGUUUGGAGCAUGCCUACGCUUGCACCUGCCAUCAGAUCCCAUGCUGUGGAACAUCCCAGCUCUCCAUUUGCGCUCCUGAGUGUUGGCACUGCCGCCAUGGACAGCUAUGGGAUUCCGGGCUCCUGCAGGAAGAAUGUUACCUUUAAAUGCCAGACUGAGACUCCACAGAUACAAGAGCAGUUGGAGAUGUGCAAAGAUGUCUUUCUGCAGGGCAUCAACAGUGAAUUUUGCUCCUUCAUGAAUUCAACCUUAGUGAAUUUGGAGACCAUGUGUGCCCAGGACAGAGCAGUAUCGCUGCAGGAAGUUGCUGGCCCCUUUGGUUCCUUCCUGAAUAGCUCCACCCUUAGUGCUGGUGGGAACGAGAGCAAGAGGGAGGUGGCCUCUGCCGUGACGUUCCUCCUGCAGAGUGUGGAAUUGGCUGCACUGACGGCUGCUUUGAAGUCUCUGGAGAUGAAGAAACAGACUGUGACAACAGAGUCUAUGGCUAUCGAGACGCUCCUCGUUGUCCCAGCUGCUGGUCCCUGUGAUGAGGUCUUCAGGCUGAGAGCUCAGGAGGAGACAAUGGACAUUCACUGCAAUACGGUCACCAGAGCAGCCACAGAAGCCAAUUCUUGGGCUGUUGCUUUUAUUUCUUACUUCACCCUGGACUCCAUCAUUGACAAGAGAUUUCUCAAGGAGGGAGAUCUAAUGGCUGAUGAGAAAUUGAGGAAUUUUCACCUGAAUUCCAGGGUGGUGAGUGGGGCUGUCGGAGAUGGGAGGUUCAUGAACCUCUCCAAACCUGUGAACUUCACCCUGCGCCAUAGACAGGCAAAGAAAGAGGAGGAAGAGACUCUCUGCAUUCACUGGAAAUUCAUCACUGGGAAAGGCACCUGGUCUCCAGACGGCUGCACCACUGUGCACACGAACAGCACUCACACCAUUUGUAGCUGUGACCAUCUCUCCAGCUUCGCACUCCUUAUGGGUCACACCGGAGUGGAGGAGAGUGACCCACUGAGCAUCAUCACCUAUGUGGGACUGACCCUCUCCCUGCUGUGUCUCCUCCUCGCCAUCCUCACCUUCCUCCUGUGCCGCUCUAUCCGCGACGUCAGCACCUCCCUUCACCUGCAGCUCUGCCUCUGCCUCUUCCUGGCCGACCUGCUCUUCCUCACCGCGGUGACCCGCACCGGCAGUCGGGUGGUGUGUGCUGUCAUUGCUGGCUUCCUACACUACCUCUUCCUGGCCUGCUUCACCUGGAUGUUCCUGGAGGGGCUGCACCUCUUCCUCACCGUCAGGAACCUGAAGGUCGUGAAUUACACCAGUGCGAGCCGGUUCAAGAAGAGAUUCAUGUACCCGUUCAGCUAUGGAUUCCCAGCCCUGGUGGUGGCUAUUUCAGCAGCAGUGAAUCCUGAAGGCUACGGAACUUCCAAACACUGCUGGCUAAGCCUGGACAGAGGCUUUCGUUGGAGCUUCCUGGGUCCAGUCUGUGCCAUAAUCCUGAUAAAUUUAACAUUUUUUCUUGUAACCCUCUGGAUCCUGAGAGACAAACUCUCCUCCCUUAAUGAAGAUGUGUCCACUCUCAAAGACACCAGACUACUGACUUUUAAAGCUAUCGCCCAGCUAUUCAUUCUGAGCUGCACGUGGAGUCUUGGUUUCUUCCAAGUUGGCUCAGCAAAAAUGGUCAUGGCGUAUUUAUUCACCAUUGUCAACAGCCUGCAGGGAGCCUUCAUCUUCCUGGUGCACUGUCUCCUCAAUCGCCAGGUGAGAGAGGAGUACAAGAGAUGGAUUAAAGGCACAAGAAAACCCAGCCCCACAACUCAAAAUUUUACUCUGUCCGUGUCCGCUGUCACUACCAGCACCAAGAUGGUGAGUUGGGGAGAGCCCUCCACUUCAUCUCUGUGAAACAGUCACCUCUCCAACCAGCAAUGUUUAUCAUACAGCCGGCUUUGCUGUGCCAGUGGGGCAGGUGCUUCAGCCGCCAUUCUUCAUCACAACUACAUACACAACCUGGAAGGGGAAGCAGGAUAGGACAAAAUCCACAACUCCUGAAUUCAAAGGCCACCCUAGGCUUGUAGCUGGGCGUUUCUCCCAGAUUUAAAGGGCCAGAUGCCAGGUUCAGAGAGCAGUUAUUUCUUAGGGAAAGCACACCAUGCGGGAGGAGGGGAGUGAUUUGCAGAGCCCUCGCGUGUUAUGUGUGUGAGUUAGCUCUGCAGGUUCACUGUAAUGU